AUGAUAUUCUUUUUGGUUAUUCUGUUCUUACUUGCUUUGGUUGCAUUUAUAUAUAUCAAAAUCGUCCGCCCUCAAAAACGAAUAUAUGAUAAUCUUGCAAGUCAAGGAGUGCACAGUGAACCAUUUGUUCCAGUAUUUGGUCAAAUAUUCGAUAUCAUUCGUGCUAAUAAACAAAACAAGACGUUAGAAUAUUUCAAUGAUCUCGCGAAAAAGCACGGCUAUUUUUAUCUUAUGGGUAUGGGACCUUUGCAGCGGUUGGUAGUUGCUGAACCAGGGCUGUUAGCUGAUAUUCUAAGUCGUUCGAAAGCAGAAUACUAUAGCAAAACAUCGUUCUUGAUUAAUAUUGUGAAACCACUAAUCGGUGUACACAAUCUUCUAGUUAGCCCAACCUCAGAACAUGAACGAGCACGAAAAAUGCUAAAUCCUGCGUUUCAUUCAAUUAAUCUUCAGUCAAUGGUACCACUGAUGUCGAGUGAAACGGGAAGAGCAAUUUAUUCACUACUGACCACUUCGUCAGCAACCGAUCCUGUUCGUCUCGAUAGUGUCUUUAGUUCGUUGACACUUUCUAUUAUUAUCUCGAGUGCUUUUGGUCAAGAUUACCGAGACAAUAAAAGUUCUCGAGAAUUCAUGAAUAAACUGUUCAAUGAAGCGAGCGACAUGUUAGAAUAUCGAACCUUUCGUAUGAUUAAUCAAGUUGAAUUUCUUGCUGAAUUACCAUUCUGGGGUAAAUCAACAAUUGAUCAAGCUAAGAGACUCUUACACGAGUUUGUCGAUCAAGCAAUCGCUGAUCGACGUAGUGGAAAGUCAUCGAGUUUAUGCUCUGGCCGUGAUAUUCUGGAUCUACUUCUAUCAGCCGUUGAUGAACAAGGUGAAUCAUUUACUGACCAAGAAAUCAAAGACGAAGCAUUGACAUUUGUCCUUGCUGGACACGAAACAACAAGCAAUCUACUCGCUUGGACUCUGUAUGUAUUAAUGCUUCAUAAUGAUGUUUUGCAAGCGUGUCAUGAAGAAGUUGAUCGUGUUUUACCCGAUGGUUUAAUUCCUACGUUUGAACAUGUAGGUGAUCUUCAAAUCAUCGAAGCAGUUCUCAGCGAAACUCUCCGAUUAUAUCCAGCAGCUCCUGUUUUCGGACGAGAAUGCAUUAAAGAACACACAAUAAGUAGUUCAAAUGGUGAACUUCAACUUCGUAUACCUGUCGGUACCAUGAUCGUUAUUAAUACGUAUAUUCUACAUCGAAGAGAAGAAUACUGGUCUGAUCCAUUGACUUUUGAUUACAAACGAUGGAUGCGUCAUCCUACCACCGGUCUUAAACCGAAACUUGCUCAUCCAUAUGCGUACCUUCCAUUCGCUGCUGGACCAAGGAAUUGUAUUGGACAAAAUUUUGCUAUACUUGAAGCAAAAGUCAUUUUAGCCAUGUUUUUACAACGAUGUACCUUCGAGCUAACACCUAAUCAAACCAUAGUACCAGAGUUAAAGGGAGCAACGAUGCCGCCUAAAUAUGGCCUCUAUGGUUAUGUGAAAAAAAGGAAUUCGUAG